CGCAAACAGAUUCUUUGACAGAUUUAUCUUCUUCCGGUUUGAGCGAGAGAGAACACAAAGUUUAGGUUUAGGGUUUUUUUGGUUUUACACCAUUCUUCAUCAUCCUUACUCGUUCAAUCACCGACGCAUAGCUAAGCUAUAGACAAUUUCUGGGAAUAUGAGUGGACGGCCGGCCAAAAAGCCGAGAACCACCGACCAUUCCGUCGUCAGAAUUUGUGAAAGGGAGUUGGGUCGAUUGCCCAAUCGCAAUUUCUCCAACCGCUUUUCAGCCUCUCAGCAUCUAUUACAGCGUCUUGGACUCCACAAGAAGCUCCGAAAGCAUAAGGGUUGUGUCAACACAGUAAGCUUCAAUGCAGAUGGAGACAUCCUCCUUUCAGCUUCUGAUGACAGGCAAGUUAUUCUUUGGGAUUGGGACACGGCUUCCGUCAAACUCUCUUUCGAUUCUGGCCAUUGCAACAAUAUCUUCCAAGCCAAGUUUAUGCCUUUCUCUGACGAUCGCACCAUUGUCACAUCUGCUGCUGAUGGCCAGGUCCGCUCUUCCAAAAUUCUAGAGUCUGGACAAGUAGAGACUUGUUUGUUGGGUAAACAUCAAGGACGGGUCCACAAGUUGGCUGUUGAGCCUGCAAGUCCAUUCUCAUUCUAUACUUGUGGCGAGGACGGCGUUGUCAAGCAUUUUGAUCUUAGGACUCGGGUGGCUACAAAUCUUUUCACUUGUAAAGAAGCAAAGUUCAAUUUAGUUGUCUACUUGAAUGCAAUUGCAGUUGAUCCGAGGAACCCAGGUCUUUUCGCGGUGGCUGGGAUGGAUGAGUAUGCUCGUGUCUAUGAUAUUCGCAGCUAUCGCUCUGAGGGUUGGUAUAACUUUGCCCAGCCCGUAGACCACUUUUGUCCUCGCCAUUUGAUUGGAAACGACCAUGUGGGAAUAACAGGUCUUGCUUUCUCUGAUCAAAGUGAGCUCCUUGCUUCAUUUCGUGACGACUUCAUCUAUCUUUUCACCCCUGAUAUGGGGCUCGGCCCAAAUCCCUCUUCGACUGUUGCUGAGGAGAGGACGACCCCGCAGCCGCAGGUUUUUAAAGAGCACAAGAACCGCGAAACAGUCAAAGGUGUCACCUUUUUCGGACCCAAGUGUGAGUACGUGGUUAGUGGUUCUGACUGUGGCCGAAUAUUCAUAUGGACGAAGAAAGACGGCGAGCUUCUCCGUGCCAUGGAAGCAGAUAAACAUGUUGUCAACUGUGUAGAGUCUCAUCCUCACUUGCCACUGCUGUCUAGUUGUGGAGUCGAGACUGACAUCAAAAUAUGGACUCCUGGAGGAACUGAGAAACCCACUUCCCCUGGAGCUGCAAAAAAGGCUUCGGUUUCUGGUAACCCUCGUUGGUUCCUGUUUUAUGAUGAAGACGGAUAUGAUCAUGCGUUCAAUCCGCGCGGGUUGUAUGUGGAUGAUGAUGAUGAUGAAGAUGAUGAGGAAGAUGAUGAUUCUGAUGAUGAAGUUAGUGAUGAGAGUUCAGAAGAUGAUGAUGAUGAUGAUGAUGAUGAUGAUGAUGAUGGUUGUGGAGGAGGUAGAGAAUGGUGAAGUCGAUGUUGAGAUUACGAAGGAUGGUGAUGAUGAUUGCGAUGAUGGUGCUAAAGGAUGAUGCAGAUGAUAUAACUUGUAUCAAUUAGACAGUACACAGGUAUUUUAUAUAUAUCCACAAAAAAAAAUAGAAAAAAAAAAAGACUGAAUAAAACACUUAUAGAGUAAUAAAUAGUUCAAACGUCAAAUAAAUCUAGAAAUAAAAUGUACAUAUUACAAAAUAAACCAU